AUGGCGCACCUGUCCGACUCAAGUUCAGCGAAGGGCAGCUAUGCUAAGGUAUCAAGAGAUCACAUUCCAGAACAGCAUCCCCGCAAGCAUCAUGAUUCUCGAAAUGGACGCGGCAAGAGCUGGAAAGCUCCCGCGACGAUGCUGUCUGCCUUGACUCUGGGCCUCGUGUUAGCGCUCGCACAGCACUUCACUUAUGUCUCUUUGGACGGAAAGCCAGUGGCGAGCAUAUCGGUCUCACAAGCCUGGGUCUCGCGCAUCAGCACCGGUCUUGCGUUCGCCGUGAAGGUGGCUUUCACCAUCUGCGUGGGAGCUGCGUUUAUCCAGCACCAAUGGAUGCGGCUUCGAGAGUCUCCGUUCAAGGUCGUGGAUGUUGACACUAUCACAAGUGCCCUCGGCAACCUGUUCUGCCUGUUCGAAAGUACUGUCUGGCUGCGGUACCCGGUCCUCACCCUUAUGGCAGUGGUCUCAUGGAUCCUUCCCUUGAGCGCUGUUGUCACGCCAGGUGCACUCUCCGUAGAGGGCGUACAAAACGUAACUACAACCCCGAUGCAGGUCGCUCAGCCAGUGUACAACUUUACAAACUAUGGUAUGAGAGCAUCGGGUGGUGGCACAUACGAGAUAUCCGAGGAUGCAAGGUUGACGAGACUCCUUACCAAUACCGCAUCUGCCCAGACCCCCGUGCAACUGGCCUCUUCUUUUCAAAACCAGACCUACGGCAUCCACUUUGAUGGACCUGCUCUGCGGUGCAGCAGCGCCAAUGAUUCCGUGAUUAGAAACCUCACCGGCAGAUAUGGGUUCACUAGCGGACCAGGCGACUUCAUGAAUUUCGCCGCUUGGGUCCCUGGAGGAGAUCCGUCCGACUAUGCCCAAAGCUCCAGCACGUCGUCUGUUUCUGCGAGGACUGUUGACGUGGCUUCUCCGGACGCUGCACGCAUAUUCGUGAUGACCAACAUCGGUGGCUGGAACAACACUCUCAACUUCUCUACAAGCUACAACACGACUCGGUCCGCCACAGUUGUGAACGUUACGGAGUGUCUUUUGUACAACGCCACCUACGAGGUCGAGUUCAGUUUCCGCUACCCCAACCAGACUCGUAACGUUGAGAUCACGAAGUGGAUCAAUCCAGUAUCCUCCGGCGUGUUCGGACCUGGCGGCGAAGGGGCCCCAUUCUCGCAGAAAGACCCUGAAGAGCUAUCCUACCUGGCAAUGAUGAGCGCACUUGGAAGACUUUUACUGGGUCAAUCGACUCGUAGCCACUAUGGCUACAUCAUCAGGACUCGUACCAACUGGGACAUGUUAUCGAUCGACUGGGCGUCAGGGCAAGCUGUGGAAGUCGGCUUGGAACAGCUCUUCCAAAAUUUCACAUUGAGCCUGCUGAGCGAUUCGGGACUGAUCAAGAACUCUACAACAGCGGACCAGGUCCCUGUCCAGAUUGAGACUUGGCCGAUAACGUACGUCUACCGGCGUGCUGACCUAUUCAUCCCGUACGGCCUCAGCUUGCUAGCCGCGCUUUUGUGCUCGGCGCUGGGGAUGCGCGCAUUCCUCGUCAACGAUGCAAGCUACUCGAACAUCUACUCGACUUACCUGCGCGCCACAAACAAUGCCAGGAUUGACAGGUACAUUGACGACUCCGACACCGGCCACGAUCCCUUACCGAAAAGUUUUGGAGCUGUUACGAUCAACUUGACGGAACACAAGGUCGACUAUGACCAGCUUGACACAAUGGGUAUAGGUGAUAAUCGAUCACAGAACUCGUGA